CUUGAAGUGAAGUGAAGUGAAGCAGAACAAGUGUCUGAAGUUGGAGAUGCUCGUUACUGACACAGUUUCAGAGAAUAUUCCUUCGAACAGCAACACUGCAAUCAAUUUGUUUCUGUGUCUCUUGGUGUCCUGACUGCAUCGAUAUGAAGCCUGUGAUCAAAACAAGAGAGAAUACUGAGCAUUUAUCGAAGUCUCCUGUUAAAAAAUUCAGAUGCAAGCUGUGCGGCAAGGAGUUCGGUCGCAACACACAUCUGAUGCAUCACGUGCGAAUACACACAGGCGAGGCGCCGUUCAUCUGCGAUCUCUGCGGGAGGGGUUUCCGUUGUGCAGACUGGCUGAAAAUGCACAGUACCGUACACACUGGAGAGAAACGAAAGAACUUGAAGAACCACGUUUGCGGUGAGUGUGGGAAGAAGUUUCCUGGCUCCACCUCGCUCCAGAGUCAUCUGUAUAAACACAGAGGCGAGAGGCCGUUCGCCUGCGCGCACUGCGACAAGAAGUUCUUCAGCCAGACCAAUCUGAAUCGCCACCACAAGGAUUCUCACUCUGGAAAACGCUUCUGCUGCUCCGUUUGUGGAAGCGGAUUCUCGCGCCUCACGACGCUGCAGAAACACUCGCGGAUUCACACGGGAGAGAGACCGUUCUCCUGUCCAGACUGUGCAAAGACUUUCCCAUAUAAAUACACCUUGAAUAUGCAUCUUAAACUGCACGCAGCCAAAAAAUAAUGCGAUUAACAUUUAUGGUUUAUUUUGUUUAUUCUUAUUUGUUUUUCAAUCUCAUUGACGAUGCACGUGACUUAACAUUCCUUUAUUACUAGUUUUUCCCCCUUCAGUUGCAUAUCAGAGCUGGGUAGAUUACUUACAAAUUGUAAUCCGUUACUGAUUCCAGAUUACAUGACAAAAACUGUAGUCAGUCACGUAAUCCGUUACAUUACACAUUUUAGGUAACAUAAUCAGAUUACUUUUAGAUUACUUUUGAUUUAAAUAGAAUUAUCUUGUACCAUAAUGAUGUAAAAAAAAUGCAAAGAUUAAGAAAACUUGUUCCAUUCAUUGUAAUUUACAAUAUGAAGUGCAUUAAACAUUAUAUUAUAUCAAGGUUUCCCAAACUAGGGUUCGUAAAGGAACUGCAGGGGGUUGUGAGUUUAAUGAAAAGCUGACAAUUAAAUUAUAAAAAAAAUUUAAUGAAAAUACAUCGUUUUAAAACAAACUCCGGGCAGCUCGUACAAGACCUGUCUUAAUGAAUGGGGAAUCCUGAAAUCUCAAAUACUGCUCUCUGAACUCAAAAUUAAAUUACAUAUGUCAAAUCAGCAACAAAAGUUGAAAUGACCCAUGAAUGUUGUUUCUUACACUCAAAUAGAGUUUAAAAAGCUUAUUUUUCAGGCUAGACCAGGCAAUGUGCAUGCGGAGUCAUAACGUGCUUUUGACUGCGCAUGUGCAUUGGCUGGUCUAGUCAGGUUUCUAUGGGAAAUUUGGCUCUUUCAUUUAGAAGGUGGGACUAUUCCUUCAUAUUGCACGUUGCAGUUUCUCCCAUUCAUAAGUAUAGGAGUGAACACUCUUUGCAUUUCUAUAGUCUUUGUUUUAAAUAAAACACUUACUACAAAAAGAUGAAAUAUUUGUAUUUACCUGCAUGCAAUGUGAUCAUUAAUUAACAUCAAAGAAACCGUAAGCAUGCAAAUGUGUUACUUAAUUAUUGAAAUAUUUAUUUUAAAAUCUAAGGGGUACUUAAAUGCAAAUAUAUUUGGUGAAUAAGGUUUAGAUGACAAAAAGUUUUGAAAUGCUUGCAUUACAUGUAACAUGUAACAUUACAUGUGCAUUUUAAUAAGUUAUAAUUAAUAAUACAUGGUUAAAAAACCUACAGAGUAAUAAUUCAAAUAAAAAUGAAUGUCUUCAUCAGUUGCCUAGUUGAUGCAACCCUUUUUAAACCUGAAAUAAUUUUUGUAAAUCCAGUGUUCAAAUGUUGCCACCUGACUAAUGACUGAUCUUUGUGUGAAUGUCCACAAAACUGGACUAUAUACACACAUAUAUAAUAUGUAUAGCCUAUAAUCGGUAGGCUAUUUUAGAAAGGAAAAUUUAAUAGAUGAAAAAGAGAAAUUAGGGAGAAUCAAUGAUUUAUGAAUGAUUUAUUGCUAUUGUUUGAAUAAUAUGUAAUCAUGUAAUCCAUAAAAAAGUAACUGUAGUCUGAUUACGAGUAUUUUAAAUGUAACUUACUCUGAUUACAAGUACUUAAUUUUUGGAAUCUGAUUACAUAAUCCAGAUUACAUGUAGUCAGUUACUACCCAGCUCUGCAUAUAUGAAAUCCAAAUAAAUCAUGCUUAAACUUUUCUAAAAUAAAAUUGUAGGCUAAGUAUAGGCCUUUUCCAUGAAUUUGUUUGAACUUUUGAUGUGUUGUUUUCUUACAUUAUUUUCCUCGCAGGCUUCUUUCAAGGGUGUAACCUACGUUUGAUUUUGGCAUUGGUGGUGUCAUAAAGGCAAACAACAGACAUAUAAUUGUUUGAUAAAAAUUAUAGGGACAAUGUAGCAGUCGCUGGAUAUGGGUGAAGUCAGCUAAAAUGGGCCACGUUUUGGUAAAUUACUUAUAAUACCAUCAAAUAAGCUAUGCAUGAGAUCUAAUGAUAUUCUUAUAAAUUAGCAUGGGUCUAUAUUUAUAUUUUUUAAAUGUGAAAAAGUAUAAAAGUUUUAAAAUUAUGAGAGUUAGAGUAUCAGCAGGUACCUUCUUGAGCCACGGCACAACGUUCAAGUAAAAUGGGCCAAUAUAAAAAGAGAACAACACGGGUAAUUUCAGCUUAAAUCAUUUUAUUUUUAACAGUAAAUUUACACUAUUGUCUUUUGUGUGCCAUAGCAAAUAGAAAGCUGAAUGAAUAUUUAAUUAAACAGUGCAAUUAAAAAUGAACUGAUCAUGUUGUAUAGGUGUGUGUUUCUGUGCAUUGGUGUCUUUCGGGUGCAUGUAUGUGUGUGUAUGCUUGUAUUUAUUUAUUUUUUUACUUAAGAUUUUGUAUGGAUACAUAUCUACAGUAGGCCUAUAAACUUAUGUUCACCCUCAAUUUCUGUGUAUGCAACCCGUUUUACUGACAUCUUCCUUUCUUUCCCUUUCUCUUCUUGUCUUUCCGUUUCCUUUCUUUGCUUGUCCUCCUACAAUACUGUCUGCAAUGCAAUUUUUUUAAAAGACUGUUAAGAUUUUGUAUGGAUACAUAUCUAGGCCUAUAAGCCUAUUUUCACCCUCAAUUUCUGUCUAAAAGUGUGUGUGUGUGUGUGUGUGUGUGUGUGUGUAUGCAGCCCAUUUUAGCUGAAAAUUGUUGCCCAUUUUACCUCACCAGCUAUUUAAAAUGACCUUUUUCACAAAGUUUUUUUUUUUUUUUUUAUAAAUGAAAUUUUUUUUAAUUUGAAAGAGCAUGUCAAAACAUUGUUCAUAAACCUUUGCUUUGUUAGUAAGCUUACUUAUAAUUGCUUUAGUACCCUUAUUAGUGAUUAAUGACAUUUUCUAUGUCAGGCUCAAUUACCUUACAAUUUCUCUGACAAGCUUCAUGUAACACUCUGCCCUGCCCGCCUUAAAAAACUCAGACCAAUAAAAAUGAUUGUUACAUGUCAACAAGUGUUGAAGCAACAAUGCAAGAUCAGUUAUUGUAAUUUUCUGUAAAAAAUUAAAGAGAUCUGUUGCUACAACCUUAUUUGGCCCAUUUUACCUGAUAGCUAAUUUCACACACUUAGCUGACUUCAUCCUAUAGCGUCCCCACUAAAUUCUAUACCCUUGAAAAUCAUAACAAGCGAUGUCCGACUUUGGAUUAUAUAGUUUUGCUACACUAACUAUAGUUUAAUCAUGGUAUUUGUAGUAAAAAUGUGGUUAUACAAAAAAAUUAAAUAAAGUAAAAAAUCAUGGUUACUACAUUUUUCCUAUUAUAAAACUGUGGUUCAUUUUCUUAAGGGAUUUCUUUAGGCUAUUUGUGUCAGGUGCAUGCGCCCGAUAAAACAUCUAUAAAAUGCAUGAGUAAAAAAUUAUUGAAUGCUAUGGAAAAUUCUUGCAACACAUCCAUUUUUUACUUUAAGAUAGGAUGAAAAAACAACAAUUGGGAAAGUUAGUUUCCUGAGUUUCAUGCUUUGUAAUCAGCCACAAAGAGGUUUCAGCAGAGCCAGGCGUUUACACCCUUGUUUACACCCUCGAGCAGAGACUGGAAAAAGACACCCACAUAAGUGACAAAAGAAGGACAUCCUUCUUAUUAAGCAUGAGUUACAAAGACUGGAAGACUGGAUCAACAGAAAGAUUGAAUCAUAGAGGAGGAAUUUAUGAUGGUGUUAGAAAUCCCCAACAAGCCUGCUGAAAAAACAAUAGAAACCUGCCCAAAACACAAUGUCUACUGGUAUGUGAUGGAUUCUAUUGGUGGGAUGUUAAAUCCUAUUGGAAAAAUGCCCAAAACACACUACAAAAAGGAAUUUUGUAAUGGUUUUACUGGAAAAAGCUAAUGGUUUAUGAUGGUAUUUUAAUGGAAACCCUUAGAAUUUCUGUGAUGGUUUCUAUUGGGCUUCUAUUGUUUUUUUUUAGCAGGGAAGUAGCCUAUUAAAGUCUGAGGAUUAAAGCAAUCUCCGAUAUUGCUGUUUAGAGAUUGAUAAUAGAGGUUUACAUUAACUGCUUUGUAUCGAAACCAAUAAAAUAAGUGAUUUUAUUGUUACAAUUGUCUCCUUUGAGACUUACUUAUAACCACAAACUGAGCCUAAAAAAGAACAACCACAAGGAAGUCUUAUAUGUCAUUCCUGAAGGAUGGGCAAAGCAAGGACAUCACUGGCAGAUAACUUAGUGAAACAAUGCUCUCAUGGUAUGAGACUUGAUGUUUCAAGUGUAACUGCUUUCAAGGUUAACAGGCCUUGGGAGAGUCUAAGGGAGUCAUAGAAAACAGGUUUAUCAAUAGCAUGACUUCAUUUUAGGUCAUUAUUAUGGGAUUCUGAGGAAGACUAAGGUGGAUGAGGAUGAACCAGCAGUGUACAUUUUUGGUAAACGUAGGAGGGCUCAUGAUGGAAGGAAAGUGGAAUGACAGCAUCUCAUUAUUUUAUCGCCCCUCCCACUGUUGCGUCAGACCGCUGACGCUAUGCGCAGUGACCACGCCCCCUGCGUGAGAUCUUUCCUCUGAAGUGUCAGCCGCCAAGUGACCAU